AUGCCCGUCUUCACAGAGUACGCAACCAAGUCGCGCGAGCUACGGGUUCUACCUUCUUUUGCCCCUCCACUGCCCCGCGUCACGCCAGCAUUCACGCGCGACGAGCAGACAGAGAAAUAUGAAGUCGUCAUUGUCGGUGCAGGUCCCGCCGGUAUGAUGCUGGGCCUGCUCCUGGCGCGAUACGGAUUGAGCGACGAUUCAUUGCUAUUUGUCGAUGCGAAGCCAUCGUUGCUCACGUCCGGUCAGGCAGACGGUAUUCAACCCCGGACUUUGGAGGUGUUCAAAUCACUUGGGCUUGUUGAUGAACUUGUACACGAUGGGUGUCAUAUGGAGGAAGUCGCUUUCUGGAACCCGUCCAGCAACAAGGAUGAAGUGAUUGAAAGGACCUCGAUUGUUCGUGAUAUCGCAGUGCCCGCGCGGUACAAUUUUGAAGUUACUAUUCACCAGGGUCGAAUCGAGCGGAUUCUCGAGACGGAUCUGCUGCGGUAUUCGAAGCGCGGUGUGCAGCGAAACACUAAGCUUCUCGACGUUAAGAUUGAUGAGUCCGAUCCGGAGUUCCCUGUCGUUGCGGAGCUCGAAACGGACGGUCAGCGCAGGACCGUUCGCACGAAACACCUAGUUGGCGCCGAUGGCGCGCAUUCGGUUGCGCGACGACACAUGGGUCUCAAAAUGGUCGGAGAAUCGACGGAUCACAUUUGGGGAGUUAUGGAUUUGGUGGUCGACACUGAUUUCCCUGAUAUCAGACGACGCUGCGCCAUUCACUCCCCCGCAGGAUCUGUCAUGGUCAUUCCGCGCGAGCGCAUUGCUACAGGGGACUAUCUAACCCGUCUCUACGUGCAAGUGCCAGAACUGGAGACGGAGGAGACCCUUAACGGUUCAAAUAAGGAACAGGCCAAGGAACGCCGAGGAAAAGUUACGAUGGAUAGGCUCUUCCAGCAUGCAGUGGACGCCUUUCAACCAUACUAUAUUCAGCCCAAGAAGGACGGUGAUGUGGACUGGUGGGCAGCAUACCAGAUUGGGCAGCGCGUGACGGAACGGUUUGCCGUGAAAGAUUCGAAAGGAGUCAACCGGGUGUUUAUCGCUGGAGAUGCUUGUCAUACACACAGCCCCAAAGCCGGUCAAGGCAUGAACGUAUCCAUGAUGGACUCCUACAACCUAGCCUGGAAAUUAAUCUACUCCAUCUACGGCCUUACCCCCGACCCUGAAGCCCUCCUUGACACCUAUCACAGCGAACGACACACCAUCGCUCAACAAUUAAUUGAUUUCGAUCGAACAUUCUCGUCCAUGUUCUCUGGUCAGAUGGGUUCUGAGGACGGAAACCAGGGACUCACGCACGAAGAGUUCCAAACUGUCUUUAGCACCGGGAAUGGGUUCACAAGUGGUUGUGGGAUUGAAUAUCCUGAGAGUUUGCUUGUGAACCGGACGCUGGAGAAGGAGCGCAAGGAUCCCAUUCAGGGAACGGACCGUUUGUCGGGGAUGUUGUACCCAGGACGGAGAUUGCUAAAUGUGCAAGUUAAGAGACAUGCGGAUGGAAAUCGACGUGAUCUUCAGGAUGACUUCCUCUCAACCGGCCGCUUCCGCAUCCUCUGCUUAGCAUCCACCGACCUCCUCGACUCCCAGGGCACUUCCCACCAGACCCUAACAACCCUCGGCUCCUCCAUCAUCCCCCGCUUCCCACCCUCCGUAAUCGAACAAGUCGUCCUCCACCCGCGUUUAUCCCGCGACUUCACCUGGCGAGACGUGCCCCGUGAGCUGAAACAGUACUCGGAAAUGCAGUUUUACAACGGGUAUGAGAAGGAAGAUGUCUAUGGGGUUUUUGGUGUUGAUCCGGAGAAGGGUGCUGUGGCGGUUGUGAGGCCAGAUGGGUAUAUUGGGGUUGUGGCGGAGUUGGGGGAUGUUAAGAGGGUGGAGGGGUGUUUGGAGGGGUGUUUGAGGACGGUUUAG